AUGGCGCGCAUUAAAGGGAGCGGUGUUGGCGCCGCGCACCGUAAAGUGUUGGCCGGCCGCGCACCGCGGAAGGUGCUGAGCUCAGGCAGGCUCAACGCGGCCCGCUCGCCGCCGCGGCCUGCCCGGCGCAUCGGGGAAAACCCGGUGUGUGUGAGGCCCGUUCCCGCCUGGCAGGAGGGCAUCGAGGAGUUCCUGCCACAGCAGAACUGCGAUCCCGACGGAGAAGCGGCAGGGAGCAGCGGGCAGGGCAAGAAAAGGCAGCACGAGGCUAGCUGA